AUCAGAAUAAUCGUAGGGUUUGUUUAGCUGCGGCUCGGGUGCUCUCGGAAUCCUGUCCUCGUCUUCGCCGAUCAAGGAGUGCGAGGAAGAAUACGAUGGCAGAGGACGCGGUUUCCGGCGCCAACGCGGUCCCUUCGGCGUCCCAACAGCCGGCUCCGGGGCCUAUUGGGAGCUCGGUGAUUCCGAUUGUGAACAAGCUGCAGGACAUCUUCGCGCAGCUGGGGAGUUCGUCGACGAUCGACCUGCCGCAGGUGGCGGUGGGGGUGGGGAGCCAGAGCAGCGGAAAGUCAAGCGUAUUGGAGGCGCUCGUUGGCCGCGAUUUUCUGCCGCGUGGCUCUGAUAUUUGCACGCGACGCCCGUUGGUUCUGCAACUUGUGCACUUUGCUCGCAGGCCGGAUGCGCCCGCCGGCGAGAUGGAGGAAUGGGGAGAGUUCUUGCACAUUCCAGGGAAGAGGUUCUACGACUUUUCGGAAAUCCGGCGUGAGAUUCAGGCUGAAACUGACCGUGAAGCUGGGGGUAACAAAGGAGUUUCAGACAAGCAAAUUCGUUUGAAGAUUUUCUCUCCAAAUGUUCUUAAUAUCACCUUGGUUGAUUUGCCCGGAAUAACAAAGGUUCCAGUAGGCGAUCAACCAAGUGACAUCGAAGCUAGAAUCAGAACAAUGAUAUUAUCAUACAUUAAGCAUGAAACUUGUAUAAUAUUGGCAGUUUCGCCAGCAAAUGCAGAUUUAUCAAACUCAGAUGCACUUCAAAUGGCCCGGAUUGCUGAUCCAGAUGGUUCUCGAACGAUUGGCGUCAUCACAAAGCUAGAUAUAAUGGACAGAGGUACAGAUGCACGAAACUUUCUACUGGGAAAUGUGAUUCCUCUUCAACUUGGCUAUGUGGGUGUGGUUAACCGUAGUCAACAGGACAUCAAUUUAAAUCGAAGCAUAAAAGAUGCUCUGGCCAAUGAAGAGGCAUUCUUUAGACGUCAGCCUGUAUAUCACGGUCUUUCUCAUUGCUGUGGCGUUCCAAAAUUAGCUAAGAAAUUGAAUCAGAUUUUAGUGCAACAUAUUAGGUCAGUUCUUCCAGGAUUGAAGUCUCGCAUAAAUUCCCAAUUGGUGGCUGUGGCAAAGGAGCAUGCUUCCUAUGGGGAUGUUGUAGAAUCAAAGGCUGGUCAGGGCGUGAAGCUUUUGAACAUUCUUACAAAAUAUUGUGAAGCUUUUACUUCAAUGAUUGACGGAAAAAAUGAGGAAUUAUCAACAGCGGAGCUUUCUGGGGGGGCUCGGAUUCAUUAUAUUUUCCAGUCAAUUUUUGUGAAGAGUUUAGAGGAAGUUGAUCCUUGUGAGGAUGUUAGUGACGAGGACAUUCGUAUGGCUAUUCAGAAUGCUACCGGUCCUAAAUGUGCUUUGUUUGUACCUGAGGUGCCAUUUGAAGUUCUUGUAAGAAGGCAGAUUGGUCGUUUACUCGAUCCAAGCCUUCAGUGUGCAAAGUUCAUCUAUGAUGAAUUGAUUAAGAUGAGCCAUCACAGCUUAGCUAAUGAGCUUCAUCGAUAUCCUGUUCUACGGAAGUGCAUGGACGAGGUAAUUGGAAAUUUCUUACGAGAAGGACUUCAGCCAGCAGAAACCAUGAUAACUCAUCUGAUUGAAAUGGAGAUGGAUUAUAUAAACACUUCACAUCCAAAUUUUAUUGGAGGAAACAAGGCUGUGGAGAUUGCACAACAACAAGUCAAAGCUUCGAGGUUAGCAACAUCAGUUUCCAGACCCAAGCAGGAUGGUUUAGAUGGUGAUAAGUUACAAGCAUCCGAAAAGAGUCAAAAAUCUCGUGCCAUCCUUGCUAGAGCUGGAGCAAAUGGAGUUCUUCAUGAUCAGGCUCCGGGAGUGCGACCACUUUCAGAUUCUGACAGACUGGGUUCAGCAGGAAGUUCAAGUGGAAGUGGACCCAUUUGGGGCAUUUCCUCCAUUUUUGGUGUUAGUGAGAAUCGUGCACCAGCAAAAGAAAUCUCGUCCAAUAAGUCUGUUACUGUUCCUUCUCACAAUGUGGAACAUUCACUCUCCAUGAUCCAACCAAGAGAGCCUCCAGUCAUCUUGAAGCCUUCAGAAAAUCAAUCGGAGCAGGAGGCUUUGGAAAUUUCCAUUACAAAAUUAUUACUGAAAUCGUACUAUGAUAUCGCCAGGAAAAAUAUUGAAGAUCAAGUGCCUAAGGCAAUUAUGCACUUCCUGGUGAAUCAUACAAAAAGAGAACUACAUAAUGUUUUUAUCAGGAAACUUUACAGAGAAAAUCUUUUCGAUGACAUGCUUCGAGAACCAGAUGAUAUAGCUGCCAAGAGAAAAAGGAUAAGGGAAACACUUAGGGUUCUGCAGCAGGCCUACAAGACGCUCGAUGAACUGCCACUGGAAGCCGACACUGUGGAGAAGGGUUAUUCUCUUGAUUCAGACUCAACCGGCUUGCCCAAAGUUCAGGGCCUACCUUCCUCGUUCUACUCAGCAUCGAACGAUUAUAAUUCACCCUACACCGCUUCUCCGAAGAUCCAAAGAUCAAGGAGAUCAACCCACUCUGGAGAACAAUUUUACCCCGGCUUUGAUGCCAAUGGGCCAAUUUCUUAUCCUCCAGUGGAUGCUUAGUUGUUCUAUUCUUUGAUGGCUGAUUUUUUUUGUCACACCUACUUUAAAAUUGGAAGUUCUGGAAGGUUAUUUUUUAAUGCCAUUUUAUAUGUCAAGAAGUAUGUCUAGGGGGUCCUUGUAUAUUACAUGAGGUCCACAUUGCUUAGUUUCAUUUUCUUAGUAUUUUUUUAAUUCAUGGAUUAGUAAAAUGAGGUACUAGAAGACCUGAACAUUUGCUGAAAUUUUCAUUGUCAUCAAAUGCAGAGUUUUGGUGGCUAUCUAAUA